CAUUACUAGAUGGUUUGUAGCUUCGUGAAUGUGUGUAGGACGGUGAUGUAAAAGGCAGCAACGCAGAAUCCUGGACUCACAAACUGUCAAACACACAGAGGGACUGGAAUAAACUGACACUUAUUUAGCGUACCUGCCCAGCUUCACUUCUGUACACCAGCUCGUUUCUUUUGGGCAUGGAGAAAUCGAAUCAGGAUCGCUUCAACAGAGCCAGACUGCAGGUGAUCAAUGACAGCUAUGAACGGGCGUUCGAGUGCAUUACCAAGGCUCUUUCUGAGGACGAGGCGGGGCGCAAGACAGAGGCUUUGGAGCUUUACCGUCGGGGACGUCAGCACCUUCUCAGAGGGCUCAGCGUGCCCACGCAGGGAGACGAGUGCGUGGGCACUCAGUGGGAUUCUGCACGGCAGAUGCAGCAGAAGAUGCAGGAGACUCUGAACAACAUCAUGUCUCGGUUAACAGUGCUGGAGAACAGCCUGGUUCCUUCAGCUCCUCCUUCUGCUCCGAGCAGACCAGGCAACGGGGCGUCUUCUCAGAACCUGUACCCUGCACUCCCAACGAGACCGCCACCGCCCACGGUCCUGUUCUCCAACGGAAAAGCUGCAGGAACCGAACGACCACCUGCGUACUCCCCGCAAGCCGCCGAUGGACACGUCAGUAUUUCAUAUGGAACAGCUGCAGGAGAGCUGUCUUUAGUCGGGGAUGAGUUCUACAGUCACACGUCCAGCUCGAGCACCUCGUCACAGAUCCUUGGGGAAGAAGGAGAGGAGCUGUUUUUCCUGCCCAACGGCGUCCAGAUCUUUUUCGUCAGCCCCGAUGGACACGUGAGCGCACCCUCUUACCCAGGAUACCUGCGCAUCGUGAAGUUCACCAACGACCGUCCGGAGACGAUGCCCACCCGGCCACCUGCCUUCCUACAAGUGUGUGACUGGCUUUAUCCCCUCAUGGCCACGGACUCUCCAGUCCUGCUCUGUAACACAGGAGUCUACAUGUUCCCUGAUUUGAUGGCUCCCUCUCCAGGCUACUACGUCGGCGUGGUGCUGUCCUCUGAGCUGCCCCAGUCAGAGCGUGACCGCUUCCAGGACGUCCUGUCUCACCUGACGGACCUGAGAGUCCAGCCGUCUGGUGAAGCAGAAGACACUAUUAACCUGCCUCAGAAGGUGCCCAUAGAGCCAGUGGUGCCUGAGGUGGCGCCCUCUGCUGAGGAGGAGAACGCACUUCCAGAGUGGAGCGAGAAAGUGGCUCAUGGGAUUCUUACAGGAGCUUCCUGGCUGAGCUGGGGAUUAGCGAAGGGGGCGGAGUACACCGGGAAGGCCAUCCAAAAAGGAGCAUCCAAACUGAGGGAACACAUCACCCCCGAUGACAGGCCAACCCAAGUCAGCCCUACGGUCACUAAAAGCCUCCACGUAGCCAAGCAAGCCACAGGAGGAGCUGUGAAAGUCAGCCAGUUUCUGGUGGAUGGGCUGUGCACCAUCGCUGGUCAUGUGGGCAGAGAGUUAGCCCCUCACGUAAAGAAACACAGUGCUAAACUGAUCCCAGAGUCCAUGAAGAAAGACAAGGACGGACGAUCCAAUAUAGACGGGGCCAUGGUCGUAGCUGCAAGUGGAGUUCAAGGAUUCGCCACGAUGUGGACAGGCCUGGAAACCGCAGCCAAGAACAUCGCAAAGAGCGUAGCGACCGAGACGGUCACCACCGUCAAGCACAAGUAUGGGGCUGAAGCAGGGCAGGCCACCGAUCACGCCGUCAACUCCGCCAUUAACGUGGGCGUCACCGCCUUCAACAUCGACAACCUGGGCAUCAAGGCCAUGGUGAAGAAGACGGGUAAAGAAACCGCACACGCCAUUCUGAAAGACUACAGAGUGCAAGACGGAGAGGCGGAGACGGAGAAACGAGAGGAGAAGCCCAAAGAGCAGAAAUAGACUGCUGUAAUGUAAUGGACAGGGUUCUAACACUGACCUGCUUUGGUUUGUUUAUUUACACAAAAUAACCUCUACUGGCUCUCACUGUCUCAUUAUUUACCAACAUGCUGCCUAUAAAUUCUAAUCGGAGUCUAUUUUUAUACCGAUGAACUCCUCUUUUUAAGAAUCCUAACGGAUUUUGAAGAUCUCUAGCGUUGCCUUAUUAUCCGCUAGCCGUGAUAGUCGUCUACUGUAGUUUCAUCCAGAACACCUUUUACUUUGGCCUUUAUUCGUCAACGUCGUGACUUCGACGCGAUCAAAAUCCGAACCAUUACAGUUUCACUCUUCAUCCCUUCAUCCUCCCAGAUGACGAUGUUGCGUCGGGUCGGAGAGCGCAUGAAUCCGAGCGUCACGUUUCAACAGACCACGAUCUGUGGUUAAAACGAAUUGAAUUCAAACUAGAGUUAACGUAAUACGCUAAGUUUUUCAAUCAAAUCUGGUUCCGUAGCACAUUUAAUUAAUAAAUCAUUCAAGUUUCUUGCCAAGAACAUGUAAUCAAGCAUGGUUAUUAAUCACAGUCCAUCAAAGACUAAUAAUAAGUGGAAGGAGCCUCCAGUCCAAGUGGUUUGUAACAGGGUUAUAUUAAAGCGGUAUGUUUUCUGCCACAGGAACGUUUACAGGUUUAUCAGUAGCGUAAGUUGUUGUUUUGUUUUUUUUUCCCCCCUUUCUAUCAUAUUAACGUGAAGAAAAGGUGAUGGAAUGAUUAUAUGGCCGCCGGAACACGCAGGACCAGGAGGUAACUCGUUUCACGGACGCUCCACAUGAUUAAACACAGUUAUAAAUGGGGGAAAAAAAAAGGAUGCCCUUCUUUUGUAAACGAAUGAUUGUCGUCCGUCUAGGAUUUCAUGAUUUCGCGAUCGCAGAAACGAACACACAAUCGAGCAAACCCCGCAAUAUUCGGAGGAGCUAGCCAUUUUUAAAAAAAAAAAAAAAAUUAUUUUUUUUUUCACAAUUACCGCAGAGUUUCUGCAGAUUUGGGCCAAGACACGUCAUCAGAACGUAUGAUUCAGCCAAAAGCCCUCUUCCAUUCACGUGCGUUGAACAGGAGCGCAGCGAAAAGGUCUCAUUUACCAACAAACAUUACCGGGACAGACAAUUUCACCAAUUCCAGUCCAAAAAACACAGCGAAAUCGAGUCUUCUUCCUAAAUUCUCAUUCAUUCCUGUGUGUGUGUGUGUGUGUGUGUGUGUGUGUGUGUGUGUGUGCGUGGUUCAGACAAGAACGUACACUUUGACAUAUAAGGGCCAAAGUUAUUUAGCGAUACACCCCUAAAGAUAAACCAGUAGUGGUUUUAGUAAUGUUUCUAAAACAUUCCUGUUCUGUGUCUAAAUGCUGCACUAGAUCUAUAGAUUAUAAAUGAUUAUAGAUUUACAUGCUUUAUUUAUAAAGAUAUAUAUAUAUAUUCUGUCAUUGCAUCUCUUUAAGCUUUACACUGUUCGAUUACAAGUCCGGUAGAUUAGAUUAGAAGAAAGAAUAUUAAGUCGGAUGUCUUUUUGAAGAUGCGCGUUAUUGACUACUAAUCAAUGAGAGAAAUGAGAUCAAAUAUUUUAAUAUAUAAUUUUAGAUUUUUAGAUAUUUUAUUGGAAGUCCUUUUGAACUAAAGCUAAUAUUUGACUGAUGCAUUGCUAUGCAGUUAGUGUGUGUGUGUGUGUGUGUGUGUGUGUGUGUGUGUGUGUGUGUGUGUGCGUGUGUGCGUUUGCUGCUGUUAUUUUAAUAUUUCCAGCCAAGCUAACAGGAUUGAGAAAUGAUUUGAUUGACAUGUGGGUGAACUUGAUCUGAGCUGCUUAUGUGUGCACCAACAUUCAGACGCUGCUAGUUCUCCAAAGAAACUCCGACUCGGGCCGUUCAGUGCAGACGUGUCUGGGAUAAAAAAUCAAUGAAAAAAAGAAACUAUGUACUCACAUUUUACAAUUUCUGUUAAUAAGGAAAUGAAUGAAUAAAGAUGUUCAUUGAAAUGUGGGGGUGUGCUGCAGGACAACGAUCCAAAACAGAAUUGGCAGGAAAUAGUUGAAAUGUUUGUCUUUUUCUCCCCGUUUCUUUUAAACUGUAUGAAAGGAAAAGCAACACAUGGUCAAGCAUCGCUUCAGACUGCAAUGGAAAACCACUCGUGUGUGUGUGUGUGUGUGUGUGUGUGUGUGUGUGUGUGUGUGUGUGUGUGUGUGUGUGUGUCCCUCUUGUUCACUGCAUUCUUCUUACUGUGUAAGCAUUAUAUUUAACUGCAGAUAAAUAAUGGUUAAAUAUUAAUAGAAUUAUCUGACACAAUAAACCGUGCUACUCCUAGCCGA